CCACACUGCAGCGUAGCUUAUUGAACUUCUUGCGGCUCCUCCUCCCACCUCGAACUUUUUCUUUCUCUUCACAAACCAACUCCAUCUUCGUGGUGCUUAGGACGGCAAUAGUAAUAUUGUCUAGGCAACAUGCAGAUCUUCGUCAAGACCCUUACGGGCAAGACUAUCACCCUCGAGGUGGAGUCUUCCGACACUAUCGACAAUGUCAAGUCUAAGAUUCAGGACAAGGAGGGAAUUCCCCCUGACCAGCAGCGGUUGAUCUUCGCCGGCAAGCAACUCGAGGACGGCCGAACUCUUUCCGACUACAAUAUCCAGAAGGAGAGCACCCUUCACCUUGUCCUCCGCCUUCGUGGAGGUGCCAAGAAGCGCAAGAAGAAGGUGUACACUACCCCCAAGAAGAUCAAGCACAAGCGCAAGAAGACCAAGUUAGCUGUUCUCAAGUACUACAAGGUCGAUGGCGACGGCAAGAUCGAGCGUCUUCGCCGCGAGUGCCCUGCCGACACCUGCGGUGCCGGUGUCUUCAUGGCUGCCAUGCAGGACCGACAGUACUGUGGCCGAUGCCACCUCACCUAUGUCUUCGACAAGCAGUAAACGCGUUCUGAUACGGUUAUACGAGUACAUGGGUUUAGGAUUCGGAGCAUGGGAACGGGGCUUACGGUGUUAUCAUGAUAGGACAUAGAUGACAUGGCUCGGUUCAGAUGAAUAAACAUCAAACAAAUUCACACA